GGGAAAAUGACCCAAAACUCAGACCAGCUUUUUGAACCACCCUGUACUCCCUUCAAGUCAACAAGUGCAUCUGCCAAACAGCAACCCCCUUAGCAACCGGACCGCUUGUUUUGUUUGCCCCUUAGCAACCACGCCAAACAUGUAGUGUUGUUGUGAAAAGUACAUGUUAUUGUCGAGAUAUAAAGAACUUUUAUUUCAAAUCUUUAUCAACGUGUAUAUUGUACACUCUUAAUCAGAAACAUAAGCCACUUGCCUCCCCAAGCUUGGUGAAAAUGUUCCGCAACGAGUACAACCUUGCGAUGGAGCGAGACUCGGGCAGCGUAUCGUCCGUGUCCUCCUUCCAGGUGGACGAUCUGAUGGAAAAGCUGAAGCUGCUGAACUACGAGCGGCUCCUGCUGAAGGAGAUGAAGAUGAAGCAAAUCAAUCGCUACUACUUCCUGCGCUCCUUCAACCCGGGCGAACAGUUUUUCAUGUUCACCUCGAUCUGUGCCUGGCUGAUACGCAAGAUCGGCAAAACGUUCGACCAGCCGCAGGAGUUUGACGACCCGAACAUUGUCAUAUCGCGCAUCAUCAAGGUGCUCCAGGAGAUGGAUGUACCGACCGACUUUCAGACGAACCGGCUCAUUCAGGGCGCCGGCCCCAUCUGCGUCUACAUCAUGGACUGUCUGGCCACGCAGGCACUCAAGCUCACCAAGUUCCAGAUGAAGCGGCCCGAGUGUCGCAAGGAAGACGACCCGAUGGUCGACCUGAUCGAGAACGAUUCCGAAAUCAUACUGGAGAAGGUGGAAGAGGAACAGAUGGCCGGUGGCAGUGACGACAGUGAUGACGAGCGGAACGGACUCUUCGAUCUGAGCUUCUCCGAUCCGGCCCGGUCGGGUGUUGGUGUGCGGAAGGAGACACGCGAGUACAAGGUGGAUUCCCUGUCGGACAGUGAGGCGUGGCGUUUGGAGCUGGAACGCGUACUGCCGCAGCUGAAGGUGGUCGUAAAGACGGACCCACGUGACUGGAGGGCUCAUCUGGAGCAGAUGAGAAAUUUGCGAAACAACAUCGACUCGGCAACGGAGGAAACAGACAGCCAGCUAUCGAAACUACAGUCCGACAUUAGCUACGUGAUGGAGAAGAUCGAAAGCCGCGAAAAGCACCUGAACAACGAUCUGAAGGAUUUGAUCGCCCAGUACAAGGAGAUCCUGAUCGAGCACAACCAAACGACUGCCCAGAUCAAGCAGGCCGAGCAGGAGCGGACCGAGCACGAGCACGAGCUGUCGAAGAUUACGAACGAGCUGGAGAACGUGAAGAUUCAGAUGGAGCAGCGUGGCAAUUCGAUGACGGAUGGCAGUCCACUGAUCAACAUCAAGAAGGCGAUCUUUCGCAUCAAGGAGGAGCUGUGCGAAAUGGACAUCAAGAUUGGCGUGAUGGAGCAAUCGCUCAACUCGGAGAUCGUUCGGCAAGGGACGCAGUACGCGGAGCUGGACUCGCUCGUAAUGGCGGCUCACUGAGAGAGAAAAAAAAACAC